GGUACGGCACAUUUCUGUGUUGGUGGGGAGUGGGCGCAUAUGCGUAUACAUUAAAGGAAAGAGAGUUUUUUUUUCCCCCUUGCCAUACUUUCCAGUUCGCGUGUCACCAUUUCCUCCAAAAACGAGCCGGAUUUUUUAGCGCGAGCUUCCCGGGUGCUCCACAGCAAGCGAGUAAUUGGCGCGGUCGUGGGCAUCGUCAUGAUCGUGGCGCUGGUCAUCGCAAUUCCGCUUCUGAUCCAGACCUCCGCGGUUGCAGCGCACUACGAAAUGAUGGGCACUUGUCGGAUGAUCUGUGAUCCGUACAACCCCAAGCCGAGCGCCACGGCGCUGGAGGUGAUGCAGGAUCUCAGCGCCAUCCCACCGUCUUUCGCUCAAGGGACUAGAGGGGAUCCGGGCCGCCCGGGCAAACCGGGACCCAGGGGUCCACCUGGAGAACCGGGUCCACCUGGUCCAAGGGGACCACCUGGAGACUCCGGAAAACCUGGAUUUACGGGCAUCGCAUCAGGAACGGCGAGGACCGAGACCGGAGACGUCGGUCCGGCGUUGGGGAACAUCAAGAUCGCGUUUUAUGUGGGUCUCAAGAACCCCCACGAAGGCUACGAGGUGCUCCGGUUUGACGAUGUUGUGACAAAUGUGGGAAACCACUACGAUCCCACGACUGGCAAGUUUACGUGUCAGGUGUCGGGGAUUUACUACUUCACUUACCAUGUGCUGAUGCGCGGAGGGGACGGAACGAGCAUGUGGGCAGACCUCUGUAAAAACGGACAGGUUCGGGCGAGCGCCAUCGCGCAGGACGCGGAUCAGAACUACGACUACGCCAGCAACAGCGCCGUGCUGCACCUGGACUCCGGCGACGAGAUCUACGUCAAACUCGACGGCGGAAAGGCGCACGGAGGAAACAACAACAAAUACAGUACAUUUUCUGGUUUCAUUCUGUAUCCGGACUGAGCUGCCCCCCCUGCUUCGCCUCGAGCUGACUGUUAAUGAAUCUCCUCUCUCCGCGCGGCGCACUCUCUCGGCACUCCAUUGUCAUUCCUGUCUGUAGCGUCGUUGGGGAUAUAAGGGUCAUCCGAUCUCAGCGCCAGUGUGAGAAUGUGUUGUCUGAAUUUGUCCCUUUCUGUUUAACGAUGUCUUGUGUUUGGCUAUUAUACCCAAAUAAACGGAAUGCGUCCGUUGCGCGCAGGAUGGGGACGAGGACGCAGUACUCAAACGAUUAUUUAUUCUGUAAUUGUUCUCUAGGUGAUUUUUGCUCAAAUGAAAUUAUCCUCCUACAUUUAUGAGCCCCUAGCGUGAAACAGUUUCUGGUGUUGGACAGAUUGGCUUCGUGUAGAUAAUUUGGUUUAAAUCUGGAUGAGAAAAGUUUGGAAUAGUUCACCCCCCCAAAAAAGUUUGCCCACUCGUGUUGUUCCAAACAUGCACGACUUUCUUCUGUGUGACCCGAAACGACUUACUUUGUGAAAUUUCAUCCCAUCACAAUAAUAGUAAAUGGGGUUUAAAGUUGUUUGCACCCGCAGCAAAAUAUGUGUUUGUGAUCUACAACAGAAAGAAGAAAGUCAAAAGAUUUGGAACGACCCGAGGAUGAGUCGAUGCUA